AUGGCUAAGAUUUUAUGUUUUGAUUUUAUUGAUUUUCUGAGACCUUAUAAUCCGCAUCCCUGUGGAAUCAUGGUCUAUUUCAGAAAUAAUAUUCACUGUAAAAGAAUUGAAUUGCCAACAACAUUCACAUUUGAAGAUUUAGCUAUGAAGUUCAAGAUAAAUGGGAUUGACGUUGUUUUGCUCGCCAUUUACAGACCAGGAUCUGCUCAAAUUUCAUCGCAAUUUUUCAGUGAAUUUGUUGAUAUUUUAGAGAUCAUUAUUGUAAUGAGUUGCAACGUUAUAAUAGCAGGUGAUUUCAACAUCCACUUAAAAAAUAAGAAUGAUUCUCACACAGUUUCUUUGCUAGAUAUAUUUGUGAAUAGAGUCAAUAAGCCAACACAUGAAAAAAGAGGCAAACUAUUCUAUAUUGAAGGAGAGCUGUAUGUAAAACAUCUGUUAACAACUGAUGAAUUGCUGACGCUCUUUGAAGUAAAGUUAAAAGAUAGGAAGGAAGACCGUAGAGAAGAGAAUUACAAUAAUCUAAACGUGAUAGUACUUGACAUCGAGCCAGAAAAGAAGCGAUAUCUUCAGUGA